AUAGCUUCUUUAGGCUAUUACACUAUAAAAAGGCAAUUUGAAUUUUUCUAACUUUUGAAUGUUUUUUUUGCAAUCUGAUCGCAGCUGUUUCUCGGAAGUCGGUCGGACAGGUGAUAAGCAGUAUAUUUCCCUCGCUCCACAUUGCUGGAGUGCUGGCCAUGUAGCACAUGAAAUUGCUCAUGCACUUGGGUUUUACCAUGAACAGUCAAGACCUGAUCGCGAUGAAUAUGUAACUAUCAACUGGAACAACAUUGUUGAAUGUUCGGUUUUUACUUUUAGGCUAGGAAGUGUCAGGAGCCGGCAAGGCGUGAAACGACCGAGGGUUCUUCUAUCGCAUUUAUCGGAAAUUCUCUAUGUGUUUGUAACAGAAUCUUGCAAAGACUUCAACAACAAGUGUGGAUAUUGGGCGAGCAUUGGGGAAUGCAAUAGAAACCCGGGAUAUAUGCGUGUUUACUGUAAGAAAAGCUGUCGAGUGUGCCCUGCACAAGGGGGCUGUACGGAUCGUAAUCAAUAUUGCCAACAGUGGGCAGCUAUGGGUUACUGUUACACAAACCCUGGCUACAUGAAACCCAACUGCAAAAGAAGCUGUGGAAUCUGUUAUGGGUGAUUUAACAAGGAAAUUCUUCAAAAACAGAGCAUUUAAUUAUAAAGAGGGCACAGAAAGUUGCAAAGCUUUC